UCAUCAGUUAGACAUCGUCUGUAAACUUUGAUACAUCAUGAAAUCCUUCGUCGCCUUUUUCGCCCUUGUGGCCAUCGCCGCCGCGGACGUGUCCCACGUGGUGCGCAGCGGUGACGCUGCCGCCGAAAUCGUCCAACAGGAUGCUGACGUGUUCCCCGACCAGUUCAAAUACCUCUACGAAACCAGCAACGGCAUCAAGGGCCAAGAAAGCGGUGUCCUCAAGAACGUCGGCCGCGAGGAUGAAGGUAUUGAGGUUCAAGGAGCCAACUCUUACGUCGGCGAUGACGGUCAGGUUUACUCCGUCCAAUACGUUGCCAACGAGCUCGGCUACCAACCCCAGGGUGCUCACCUCCCCACCCCCGUCCCAGUCCCAGAGUACAUCGUGAGGGCGCUCGAGUACAUCGCGGCCCACCCCCCCAAGGCUGACCCCACCAUCAAAUACUAAAUUUAGAAUUUAAGGAUUUUUGUUAUACAUGCUAAACACUGCCAUUCUUGUUACCUCUAGUCGCCCCGUUUAA